CUCACGUACACACACACACACACACACACACACUCAUGCAAGAGCACGAUCUCUCCGUCUGUGUGUCUGUGUGCUGCGAGUGGUGCAGAGGACGACGGAGGAGGAUCCUUUACGCGGGACCCAGCACCACUCACCAGACCGCUGGAUGUAACCUGACCCCGUGUCCCGGGCCUUUGCAUGGCUGGGGAGAAGCAGACGGUUUUUCCUUCCUCCUCCCGGCAGGGUGGGGCGGGUGGCUUUCUUUUUGUGGGUUAGUCGUGUCGCGACUGUGUCUGUUCCAGGAUGGAAGGAAGGAAGGAGAGAAGGUUUGGCUAGUGGCUGGAGAGGGACAGAGGCAAGAGGGUAAUCUCCUCAAAACAGGAGCAUGACCAUGGGAGAUAUGAAGACGCCAGACUUUGAUGACCUGCUGGCGGCCUUCGACAUCCCCGACAUGGUGGAUCCUAAAGCCGCUAUUGAAUCAGGGUCCCACGAUGACCAUGUUGACCAUGAUGGACGACUCAAGCAUCUCAGUGGUGGGGUGACUAGUGGUGAAGACGAGUCCCACGACCCCUCAACAGGACUUGACGUUGGCAUCAGUGUCAUCGUCAAGAACAUCCGAAAGGCAGACACUAGGGAGCAUGGUGGAACCAUAUCAGAGGAUGGGCAUUUCCAUCCCCAAUCCCCUUCUGUUGACAUUGGCAAUGGACUUCAUCAUAGCUUCUUGGCCACAAUACAUCUAGAUACUCAAUGCACCAGAAAUGGAUGGAACACUCCCAUUCAGGAAGCACAGUCUGUUAAUAACCAUUCACCAACCUUCAAUCAAUUCAGCCCCAUCUCCAGCGCUGAAGAGUUUGAUGAUGAUGAUGAUACAAUUGAGGUUGAUGACCCUAUGGACAAGCAGGGAUGCCAGUCAACCUUUAUAUGCACUACUAAGACAGAGGAGCAGCAUCCCAAAUCUCCUGCAUCAUUAGACAAUGCUUCUAAGCCCACAGCAAACAGAGACCGAAAACCUGUUCAACACAAGGACACCGAUGGAACUCUAGGAUGUUUCCAGUCUAGCAAGCUCCCUCAAUCAAGUUUACCUGAGGGGGAAAUACUGAAAAGAAUCCUCAAGUCUCAAGAUCAGGAGUGCAUGGAGACUGGAGAGCCAAUGGGGCUCAUCGAUGAGUCCAGUAUGUCUCAAGUCACAGCCAAGACGUCUGCAAAACUUUCAUCUUGUAUAGCAGCCAUAGUAGCUCUCAGUGCCAAAAAGGCUGACCCUACAGAUGUAGGCGUUUCAUAUUCUCCUCCAACACAGAACGAAUCCAGCCCUGCCGAUCCAAAUCCCAGAGCUGUAGAGAAACCACAUGAGCAGGAGUCAGCCCUCGAGUUUGCAAAAAGGCUGCUAACAAGACAACCAGACAGUCCCUCCAGUGUCAUCAGCGAGGGUAGCAGCAAAGGUUCCCCUGCCUCAAGCACGGACACCACCCCAGUCAUCCCAAAAGUCAGGAUCAAAACAAUCAAGACAUCAUCCGGGCAGAUCAAGCGUAUGGUCACCCGAGUUGCAUCGGAGUUCGGUCCUGAAGGCCUGAAAAGAAGAGAGAGUCGUGUUUCUGUCAUGGAAACCACCAGCGCAAUGUUCUCAUCUCCCACAAUGCCCUCUCUGCCAAUCACCGUAUUAGCCACCACUGGAGGCCCUUCAAUUGAAAUAACCAAGAAGAUGACUAUUAAACCUGUGGCGACGGCUUUCCUGCCCGUCUCCGCAGUCAAGGCAGCUGGUUCCAAAAUCAUCAAACUGAAACUCGCCAACAAUACCACAGUUAAAGCAACGGUCAUCCCCGCUGCAUCAAUGCAAAGUGCCAGCAGUGCCAUCUUAAAAGCUGCUCAUGCCAUGCAGCAACAGACAGUCAUGGUACCUGCCUCCCGUCUGGCGAAUGCCAAAUGUGUGCCAAAGAUGGUGCAACUUAGGAAGCUGAAUUUUCUGCCUCAGAUUGUAUCUUCUGCUGUCAGUGAUCUCAAAAAGGCCCUGUCCUCCUCCAAACAACCACAGCAGAUGAAACAGCACACAAUACUCGCUGGCCGGGCCACAAAGAAAGUCUCUCGGAUUCAAGUGUUCAACAGCUCUCAAAGCUCCGUCGUGGACGCCUUCAACAAAGUCCUGAGUAGCAUCAAUCCUGUCCCCGUGUACGUACCAAACCUCUCUCCACCAACCUCGGCUUGUAUCUCUCUCCCCUCACGUGGCUACAAGUGCCUGGAGUGUGGAGAUUCGUUUGCUCUCGAGAAGAGCCUGGCGCAUCACUUCGAGCGUCGCAGUGUGCGGAUCGAGGUCACCUGCAACCACUGCGCCGAAAGCCUUUUGUUCUACAACAAAUGCAGCCUCUUGUCUCAUGCCAGGGGCCACAAGGACAAAGGGGCCAUCAUGCAGUGUUCACAUCUAAUCCUAAAACCCAUCCCCGCAGAUCAGAUGAUAACCACAUCACCCUCUCCAGACCCACCCAACAUCACAAGCGCCACCUCGACCUCCCAACCACAAGCAGCCACCCAAAUCCCAGGGAGAGUCGCUGGUUCUGGAUCCCAAAGUACGGUGAUUUCAGCUCCAUGCAGUGCUCCUCUGGUUGCAGCCAUGCCCUUGGAGGAUGAUGCGCCGAAGAUCUGCAGGCACAACCUCAAGUGCUUGGAGUGUAACAAAAUGUUCCAGGAUGCCAGCUUGCUUGCUUUGCACCACCAACAGGCACAAGAUUCCAGCGGGCAGAAAACAUGCACCAUCUGCCAAAUGCUUCUACCAAAUCAGUGCAGCUUUCUGUCACACCAGCGGAUCCACCAGCACAAGUCUCCUUACAUCUGCCCCGAGUGUGGGGCCAGCUGCCGCUCUGUCCAUUUCCAAUCACAUGUCACAAAGAACUGCCUGCAUUACACCCGUAGAGUCGGCUACCGCUGUAUCCACUGCAGUGUGGUCUUUGCUGAUGCUGCAACCGUAAAAUCCCACAUCCAGAGUUCUCACUGUGAGCUCUUCUAUAAAUGUCCUCUCUGCCCGAUGGCUUUCAAGUCUGCACCUGGAACACACUCGCAUGUGAACACACAGCAUCCAGGAAUGAAGACCGGAGAGCCCAAGUUGAUCUACAAGUGUUCCAUGUGUGAUACCGUGUUCACUCUGCAGUCCCUGCUCCACUCGCAUUUCGACCAGCACAUCGUGAAUUGGAAAGUUCCCGUGUUCAAAUGCCCCGACUGCUCCGCUCACUACGCACAGAAGCAGCUCAUGUUGGACCACAUCAAGGCCAUCCACGGGACCCUGAAGACCAUCGAAGGUCCACCAAACUUGGGCAUCAACCUUCCUCUCAGCACCAAGCCCACUAACUCCAAUAGCACCAACAGCCCCAGUAAGAAUAAUAACAACAAAGAUGGAGGAAGUGACAAAGGUCAAGACCAGGGAGAAAAGAAGCCUUCGCCUCUAAAGAAAGCCAACAGCAACGGCUCAGUGGCCCUCAAGAACCCGCCGAGCUCCGGAUACACAUGUGGGGACUGCAGCAGUCUGCUGGGCUCCAGGGAGGUGUUUGUGGCUCACAUGAGGCGCCAACAUGGAAAGAUACUGAAGAAACACCCAUGUCGGCAGUGCGAGAAGUCCUUCAGCUCCUCCCACAGUCUGUGCAGACACAACCGCCUGAAACACAAGGGACAGCGGAAGGUCUACAGCUGCCCGCACUGUCCAGCUCUCAGACCGCCGUUCACUAAAAGAGUGCUGCUGGAUCAGCACAUCCGUUUGAUGCAUGGAGUCAAGGACCCAGGUGGGAAGCCUGUGAACUCCGAUCACAUGGAGGCGCCCCCUGACAAGGACACGACCCUCAGCCCCAAGAGGAAGCAAGCAGAGGAAGAAGGGUCUCCGGGCCUGAACUCCAGGGGCACCGACUCGCAGCCGUUGAAGAGGCUCAAGGUGAACAUCCUCAAAGUCCACAAGUGUGCCGUCUGCGGCUUCGCCACCGAGGACACCGCGGCUUUCCACGAGCACAUUCCCCAGCACAAGUCCGACGGCUCGUCCCACCAGUGUCCGGAGUGCGGCCCGUGCUUCACCUCCCGCCGCUCGCUGUCCCGACACCUCUUCAUCGUCCACCGGCUGAAGGAGCCGCAGGGCCUCGGCCGCUACGCCGGAAGGGGCAAGGACGACGACGAGAGUCGGCGGGAGAACCAGCUGGACGUUGCAGACGGGACACCGAGUACCAAAUGCAAAGUGUGCGGGAGUAUGUUUGAAACCGAGGGGAACCUGAACACUCACAUGAGGACUCACGGGAUGGCGUUCAUAAAGUCCAAGAGACUGAGCGUGGCGGACAAGUGACGCGUUGAAAGGGGAUUGUUAAAGCAUCCGAGAUUCACUGUAUUACGUUGUAUAUAUUAUGAACAUGUAAGGUACGAUACAAGAAUAGAAUAUAUGUACACACAUAUGUAAUAUAUGUCAAAGUCACUUUAUGCAUCUUUAAGAAAGUUGAACAAGAUCGGUCGAUAUUUUCUAGGCUUUGAAUAGAUUUCUUUUUUAUUUUUAAAAGAGUUUCUAGGGGGCUGGAUAGUGUAUGGAUAAAUGUUGUAAUGGGAUUAAUCCUCAUGCAGUCGGCAGUGUUCUGGAUUUUCUAUGUUAGUUUCAAACGGAUGUCUAAAAAAACACACGUAUAAAAUGUUUGGCAGCUUCAGGUUCACUUCACUUAAAAGUUGAGAAGAAGAUCAGCGUCAAACUUUUUGGUUUUAGGAAAACUAAUAUUUCUCUCUGAGCACUCCUCAACUUCUACAAUAAACUCUCAAACUUUUGAUUCAAUUGAAAUGAUAUGAAAUAUAGGAAGAUUUCAAAUUAAGAUAAUUUACAUAUCAACGUCAGAAAUAGGAAAGAAACACAUCCGUGGGCCAAAUUUGCAAAGCUUUGAAAUUAAUAUUUUGUAAAAGACUAUCUUACUUGUUAUGAUGUUACAUUCCUGACUUAAUAUAUAUAUAUAAAUAUAUAACUAUAUAAAUGGCAGCUAUUUAUGAUGAUAGGUCACGGAAAAAAGGGGAAAAAAAGGUGUAUUUACCGGAUUAUUUAAAAGUUCACUUCUUUACAUCAUAACUAUGACAUAUCUGUCUGGUUACUUCAGUUUUGGGUUCUUUUGUUUACGUGGUGAAUCAUAACGAAUCAUAACUGGCUGCGACUCUGAACUAAGUAUACAAGACAACCGGUUAAAUUAAAUAACGAUAACUGAAAGUUGUGCGAACCUCAACCUUGUUCUCUGUUACCUUCCUUGUUCUAAGGAUUUCCAAAAAGUAAUUUUUCUACUCUGACAAUGCAAUUUAAAGUGUCCGACGCUGUAGAGCCGCAUGAGAGACGCCGUCGUGAAUCGUUUGUUGAUUAGAAUUUAUCUGGCUGCUGUUUUUAGACUUCUCUGAUGCUCGUGUACAAAGCUGUUCUUUAUGUCAAUAAAUGAUCAAACCUG